CUUAAACAGGUGCAUCAGGGAAGAUGGUUAACACUUUUAAAACACCGUUCACCAUUUCAGCAGCUGGUUAUUGGAUUGAACUCCCGUUUAUUUGAUUAACUACAGAAGAAAAAUCUACAGAAAGUACAAGUAUGAGGGACAGACUGAGGCACCUACAUCAGGUUCAGACUGACUCUGAAGGUUUCAGUACAGUGGAGCUGGAGAACUUUGAGCAAGCAGCAGCAGCAUCGGCAUCAGAUUCUGACCAGGACCUGGACGGCGUCCUGCAGGAGGCCCAGCAGAUCCGUCUGGAGAUCCAGCAGAUCCAGAACGACAUCAGCGAGUUAAAGGAUGUGAACUACCAGGCUUUGAACAAGACCUCCUUCCCUGCUGCAACAAAACGGGACGCCAAUGUGAUCGGAGCGGACAUAAAACACAGAGGAGAAGCUGUUCUGCAUCGGCUGCACAUGAUGAAUGAUCUUCAGGGACGACUGGAGGCUCAGCGUGGAAGUUCUCAUCCUACAGCAAGAGUCGCUCGGACGCAGUACCACUGCCUCAGCAACGCUCUGAGGGAGGUGAUGUUCAGCUACAACGACACUGAGAUGAACCACCGGGAGGCCUGUAAGCGGCAGAUCCACAGGCAGAUGGAGGUGGUGGGCAGGGAGGUGAGCGAGGAGGACCUGGAGGAGAUGAUGGAGGACGGAGAACUGACUGUGUUCAGCGUCCAGCUGCAGGGGAAAACCACCCACUCGGCCUUCCGGCAGAUCGAGAGCCGCCACCAGGAGCUGCGGGAGCUGGAGAAGAGGAUCGAGGGGAUCCAGGAGCUGUUCCUGGACGUGGCCGUGCUGGUAGAGGAGCAGGGGGUGGCCGUGGAGAACAUCCAGAAGAACGUCCAAAGUGCUGAAGUGAGCCUUCAGGAAGGCAUCGGCAAACUGGAAAGAGCCGCUGCAUCUGAUAAAAACAACCCCUUCAAGAAGCUGUUCUGUGGCUGCUUUCCUUGUUAUUACCAAUAGAUCUAAUGAUCCUAUAAUGAUUGUAAAAAUAUUAUAAGACUGUAUUUAAUGGCACUUUUUUUCACUGAAUGAGGACAAACCCAUAGAUGUGCGACACCAUGACCACAUAUCUGUUUAUUGGAAGGUUUUAUGUGAAUAAAGAAAGAACAAACUUGCAUGUCAUGUGAGUUACUAACAAACAACAAAAAUGAAGCUUAAUGCAAUAAAUCAUUUAAAAUAACAGCACAGUAGCAAACUGUUGCAUAGUUUUGUAGAAAAUCAAGAACACCAGGCAUGACAUUGCAUGUUGAUUUCAGACUUCCAAAACAAACUGUGUCAACUGAUUUUUCCAGCUUGAAAAUUAAUCUUUUGAAUCUUUGAGUUGACAUGUAUGACAAAUACUGAACAUCCUGACCGUGACUCUGGUGGCAUUACAUAAAAAAAACAUGAUCGACUGCAUUAACUAGCAUUCAAAGAAAUACAGACAAUAUUAAAUCUUCCUAAUG